UCAUCAUCAUCAUCAUCAUCAUCAUCAUCAUCAUCAUCAUCAUCAUCAUCCACCCGAUGCGACCAGCGCUCAUGCUCUUUGUAAGAGGUAUAGCAGCAUGCCUAGUAGGCUUAUGUAGAAUACUACCGUUGUUCUGCCGCACCUACAUACUGCUUCAGGCUUACUGUAUCAAGAAAGACCACAAUAUUUAGUGGAUUACAAAAAGCCGAAAACAGGAUCUAACGACAGUAAAUAUGGUUUUUAAAUGCUUUUUAUAAACUUAACAGAUUAUUACGAAAGCAGAAGGAACAGGGAAAAAAAUUAGGGAAAUACCAUCGAAUUGCAUGCUUAUUGUUGUUUACCAAAGGGUCAACAUCACAGCCUAUAGCAUUGAGAAAAUCUUUACUUUUGUAAAUAAUAAAAAGGAAGAGCUUUGUGAAUUUUUUGUAUGGAAAAGUCGCUAAAAUGACGUUAUACCGUACUCCCAUCAUUUUGAUUAGAAUUAAGCAGGAUCGAAGGGGAUCGAGCAGCCAAUGAUAGGGCGUCAUUCCGUGUCGAUUUGAUUUCCUUUUCCAAAAAACCUGACUAGAAAAGGUCGAAUCAAGGAUAGAACGUCAGAAAAUACGAUUUUUAAUUCUUUUUAAAAAUUCAGCAGAUGUUUUACAAAAGCAGACGCAAAAGGAAACAUCGGCCAACACGAAAUUGCCCGAAGUGCUUAUGACGUGGUUCAACGAAGGGUCUACAUCGUCAGCAAUAGCACUGGGAGAAAAACUUAGAGUUAUAUAUAUAAAAGUCCAGAAAGCUUUACAGAUUUGUUAAAUAUGUGAAAGUCUGUGUUGUUAUCAUUUUGAUGAGUAGUAGGGGUGGGGGGACGUCAGUCAGUGUCACUUGUUUUCCUUUUCCAAAAAGUUCGAAAACCCCGUCCAGAAUGCGAUUUAAGAAGUAAAGAGACGUGCCACAAAAACAGAAGGAAAAGGGCGCAAGCGAUAUAUUUUAUGCACUAUAAUAAUAUUUUUUCCUAAGUCUUUUAAAUUUGGAUUUAUUCCGGUACAAAGUUAGCAAGUAUUUUUAGAAGGGAGGGGGAGGAGUCAUUUCGUUGUUCUCCUUUUAGAACAAAAGAAAAAAAAACAAAACAAAAACUGGUUAUUUGGAAAAGUAAAAUUAAUCAAUAAAAUGAUACAAAUAGAGAAAACAUUUAUGAUAACAUAAAGAAGAAUUAACGUCAAAGAUAAUGAACACGAGAAUCCCAAUAAUGCGUGUCUCCCUUUUAUGAGCUUUCCAUAAGUCUCAGUGCUUCCACGUGCGCAUAUUGAGUAAUAUUAUCGUAAGCAGUUACGUGAUUACUUUGCAGAAAAUGGAACCAGUGUACAAGCGGACAACUGCCUUUAAUGUCUUCUGCAGCGAAAGGCAGAAGGCCAACUCGCAAGGUGGCUUUCAGCCAGAGCAAUGGGGGCUUGAAUGGCGUAGUCUGCCAGAUGCCUCCAAGAAGGAAUAUGAACAAAAAGCUCUGGCUGAAAGAGCAAAAAAUAUUGAUGUCAAAUCAAUAUUUAAAAAUAUCAAUAGUAUGUUUACCCUCCUGAAGGAAAAUAAGGAGGCUGUCAAAUCCAGUGGAAUAGAGGGGGUGUGUCUUAUCGUGUCAAAGACAGAUUCCCCCUAUUUCACUGAAUUUGGCAGCCUUAAAGGAAUUAGCAAGAUGCCAAGCUUCAUAAAUUCAAUUAUGAAGCAUUCAGCCGGAAAGCUGGACAAUGUGAAACGGGCUUGCAUUCAGGACUUGCGAGACAAAGUGAUCGCAAAAAUGUCCAAAAUCGCAAAAUCAGAACUUGGCCUAAACCAGUUCCCGUAUGAGAGGGUCAAAAAGGGGGAAUUCAUUAUACAAGGAAUUCCCCCAUCCUUAUUGCCCUUGAAGCCCCCUGGGAGGAUGACCUCAAAAGAACUGAUGCAAGUCCUUGACUGCACAGUCACUGUCACCAGAGUGGCGGAAGGACCGAGUGCUGUAGAUGUCAUGCAAGCACCAGUGGUGGCGGAUAGUUUCGUGGCUUCAGACCCACCUGCAUGUCAAGUGGCACCAAACAUGUUGGUGCAGGAUAUUUUCGUGGCUUCAGACCCACCUGCAUCUCAAGUGGCACCAAACAUGUUGGUGCAGGAUAUUUUCGUGGCUUCAGACCCACCUGCAUGUCAAGUGGCACCAAACAUGUUGGUGCAGGAUAUUUUCGUGGCUUCAGACCCACCUGCAUGUCAAGUGGCACCAAACAUGUUGGUGCAGGAUAUUUUCGUGGCUUCAGACCCACCUGCAUCUCCAGUGGCACCAAACAUGUUGGUGCAGGAUAUGGAAGAGGCGCCUACAAGCACUUUGCAACUUAGCACAGUAAUGAAGAAGUCUGCAAAGCAACACCAGGAAUCCAGGGAGAAAAGCCAAAGAACAGGAAUCAAAUCUCUGUGGACAGCAGCAGAAAUACUUGUUGUCCAGCAACACUUCAGCCAGGAGUUGGCUGGGCUGAAGCCAGUGACACGCAGCAGCAUAGACAGUUUUUUGGCCCAACAAACAGUGGUUAAAAGAACAGCUACUGCACUGGGAAAUUAUCUAUUAAGGAACAGGAAGAAAAUCAGACCUAAUGAUCAGUAGUGAAUCUAAGCACCUCACCCACACUGAAGACGCUUGAGAUGUUGGAUUGAGUCUGAUGAAGGGCAUUCUGUACUUUCAAGACACAAGUCACAGAGCUGACUGAUGUGGGGGUUCUUUCUGGGUACUCCAACUUCUUUAUCACCAUCCACCUGUGUGAUGAUGUUGCAUGAUACAGCCCAACAAAUUCAAGACAUUCAAAAAUUGCAAUUUUUCAUUCUUAGUAGCUGUCAGUUGCAUGGAGCUAUAUGCAUUCUUCAUUGUGUUGAUGUCUUUGCAGACAGAAACCAUUUGCCCAGUGAUUUGGUUUUAGCCUAGUACAGAAAAAGCACAUGUUGUAUGAUUAUGUGUACUAGUAAAGUUGUGACACACGUGCAAUGUAAUUAAUAUGUUGCUGUCCAUGCGAUUUUGACAUGGUAGGGGGUUUUGGUUGUGUGGCUAUUACUAAGCUUCAGAUCUUAUGAACUGACUAUUUGAUCUACACUGUUGGUGUUUCUAUUGUGGUUAUGCUGUAACUGAGUAUAUAACAAUGCAAUUUUUUUUUUUUUUUUUUGUCGUUCGCCUCUUUCACACUUGGAGACCAGCUCUUGAUAUGAAAUUGGUGGUCUUCUGUAGAGACUCCACUGGCCCGUACAGCUUGUUGUGCAGGGUCUCC